AUGCAGUACCUGAGGAUCACUGCCUGCUUCUUCUCCUUUUUGAGCCUCUUUCUACUUAUCACAGCCCUGGCUUCAGACUACUGGAUUGCGGCUAUAGACAGCAGUAACUCAGGAUUGUGGAAAGACUGUGAUUUUUCCAUGUGUAUCGAAUAUGGGAUGAAUGUGAAAGCUUUUAUCCAUGCCACCCGAGCUUUCCUGUUAAUGGGGAUGGUUGCCGGUGCUGUUUCCUUCUUUGCUCUUUGUGCCUCAUUUUCCCAUGCCCACAUUGGCUCCAUUUCCAUAAAGCAUCUUGCUGUAUCGGCCAGCUUUGUAGCAGGUGUUUGCUCCAUGAUUGCCAUGUCCACAUUCACAGGCAAGUACAGGGUUAAACCUUCACUGGCAUGGAUUGGAUGGUCCUUUGGCAUUGGCUGGGCCUCGUUCCCUCUGUUUCUUAUAACUGGUGUGCUUGCUUGCAUGACACCCUCUAGUCCUACAGAAACAAGAACUUCGGGAUGGUCUCUGUUCCUCAACUGUUUGGGCAGAUUUCAGCUGCAUUCUGGAAGAAAGAAGAAAGGCAGCACCCCCACAGUUUAAGGAAAGGGAAAAAAAUAUGGAUUUCUCCUCUUCAAGCUCUUUGCUUUUGUGUGAAGAAAUUCUUUUUGAUAGCCAAUACUGCUCUUUCCAUGUCCAAAUUUCCUGUCCAAGAUGUGUACUUAAUAAAAAAACACACCCAAAUAUUCAACAA